CAGCGGCUCAGUAUUGCGCAACCUUUCACCGGCUCCAGCUUUGACGAGCCUUGGGUCUAGUAGCAACAGGGUCAGUCUCACAACACCGCGUUUGAUGAAUCAAUCCCUACUUAUCUGGUAUUUUCCAAGGGUCCACUUAAUUUAGGUGUCCCAGACUAUACCCCUGACAAGUGCCUGCACCACCAAGAAGAGAGGUAGUCACACUCACUGAAACAUGAUGAAGCUUCUCAACCAGCCUGUGAUGGGGCUCCUCAGACGACAGAUUGUGAAUCCCGCAGUCCCACAACGCACAUUAAGGGCUGCAGCCUGGAGCGAUGCUGAUAUAAGAGAUGCAAAACCGUUCCAAGAAAUACCCGGACCCAAGGGUAUAUACAGUUUGCCGAUAAUUGGAUCCAUGCUACAUUUCAAACCGUUCACCAACCACACAAUCGAAACAACUCACAACUUGUGUAACGAGCUGCUUGACAAGUACGGGUCCUUGGUUCGAGUCCAGCUUGGAGGUUGGAUGGUGUUGGUGGAGGACGUGGCUGACAUUGAGGUUGUCAUGAAAAACGAGGGCAAAUAUCCGGAUCGCUACGUUCCGCCGCUUCAUAAGAUAUUCUGCGAGAAAACAGGUUUCCAAAAAGGCUUAGCCCACCUGGAUGGUAUUGAAUGGCAGAAGCUAAGAAGUCCCGUUAAUACCCGGAUGAUGCGCACGAAGUCUGCGCAGUACUAUCUGUCGGCUCAGAACGAGGUCGCCGAUGAAUUGGUCUCACUAAUAAAAAACGGCGAAUUCAAGCAAGACAACAUACUGGACCUAUUCUUCAAGUACGCUUGCGAAAGUAUCACUGUCGUUGCCUUCAAUAAACGACUCGGAUACCUCAGUACUGAUGUGGACCAGUACCCUGACAAAGUACAGGCACUGAAGGACAUACAGACUUUGUUUGAGUUGCUCAAUGCUUCUUCAGCUAUACCCCCGUUUAUCCUGCAUAACUUUCCUUUGAGGAUAAAAAGGCAAUACGAGGAAGCCACCGCUCGCCUCGUGACUCAAACCCAGGAAUAUUAUGAAGCUACAAUGGAUGACAUAAAGAAAAGACAAGCAGAGGGAACACUUGACCUAGAAGAGAACAACUUCAUGUUGUCCUUGAUGACCACUGACAAGAUGACAGUGGGGCAGAUGGGCGCCAUUGCUCUGGAUUUGUUUGGUGCAGGCACGGAUUCAACUGCCAGGAAUCUCCAGAUGAUGCUUUACAUCUUGGCUCGGAACCCAGACAAGCAGCAGAAGUUGUAUGAAGAAGUUAUGGAUGUCAUGGGGCCAUCAGGACCAAUGACCAUAGAAUCGUUGGCGAAUAUGCCUUAUCUUCUUGCUUCUCUUAGAGAGUCGUUCAGAAUACAGUUUCCAACAUCCUCUGGAACACAGCGUUUCAUGCCCACCGAAAUAGUUAUCAAAGGAUACCGGAUACCUGCUGGGACUUCUGUUGCGCUAAUGAAUCAGAGGACUGUGAAGAACAAGAAGUACUUCCCCAACCCGGAGGAAUUCCGCCCAGAACGUUGGCUGAGGGACAAGGAUGGGAAGCGAUCUGUUGACAUCCCAUCAGCUGCAUUGCUCCCGUUUGGAUUUGGACCAAGGCAGUGCCUUGGAAAAAGAUUCGCGGAGCAGGAAAUAUACCUUGCUGUUUCCAAGAUAAUCCAGAACUUCGAGAUAUCCCUAGAGCCUGGGCACGAAGACAUCGAAGUCUUGUACAGAAUAUUCAUUGGGACGAAGAACCCGAUCAGAUUUGUGUUUAAGAGCCGAUGGCAGUGCUAGAACAGACAUCGAUAUAUCAUAGUGCUGAUGUCAUUUGCCACAUGUCUUCCAUGUGACAAUAUCGUGCUAUGAAGCAUGCACGUGAUAACUCUCUCUUCCAGAGUCACACAUUUUGAAACGAAGACUACUGUUUGCAAGAGUAAUUACUGAAGCCUUAGCAAGCUUAGGUAUUUUCCAUAUAUUGUUUCAUGCACAUGAUAUUCCAUAUUUAACAGUGAUUCAAUAUUCUUAUGGUCUGCCAUCUUAUUAAGUUGUGCAGUAAUAGUUUUCAACGAUAUUCUGAUCUCUGUUUGAACAUGAGCAUAAAGUUUUAAUAUCCCCCAAAUUACCCCACGAAAACCAGACCUGUAAAUAUUUAACAUCUUUAUCCAUGAUGUCCACCAAGUAUGCUAAAGAAAUUAUGUACGGUAUAGGGGUCAUAAAUGAACACUCCUGUUAUCUCGAACAGCUGAUAACCCGACAUAUUUCGCCUUUUUGAGCUGUUACUGUAUAUCAAUGCAGAAACAACCAUGAAUCAUAAAUUGUCGACGUCGCCAUGUUGAUUGAAGGAGACCUCGAUAUAACUGUGUUUCUGGAUGUAAUCAGUUCAGGUAACUAAAAUACUUUAAUCAAUCAUAUAGUUUUAUUGGGAAAAAGGCAUGUUCAUGUAAGUGGAAUUAAAGGAACCAAACCGAAAUUAGAUAUACUUUUAAAACUAUUUAAAAACAUAUACUCAAUCGAGAAAUUUAUUGCUAUAAAAAAGGAUGACAAAAAUAACUUUAACUAAAAAUGGUCACCUUCAUUCUCAGUAUUUGAUUCAUAGCUCUCUACACGCCAUGUUUGAGUCUGAUUGUGUGUUUCAACCGUUUUGGGUUUGAAAUAGGACAAUGUUUGUUUCCAACCCUUUAAUUUUUUAAUGAGUGUUUUGAGCCAUGCUAUGCUAUCCGAAAUAUGUUUAUGACGGAGUACUGUAUUAAUCUCCAACUCUGGGAACAAUAAAAAGCUUUAAAAAACAAACAAAACAAAAAAUAAAUAAA